CUGACUAAAGCAGCCUCCCUCAUGUGACCACUGCAGCUCCUGGUUCCACUCCCUGUCCCAGGCCAGGGUUGGUACUUCAAGGGGCCCCUUCUGUGAGAGGCAACAGCAGCGUGCAGCCAGGCGUGGAGAGAUUAAUCAGUGACAGAAAGCUGCCUGUUUCGGAGCAGUGAUCAGCUGUGGUCAGGAGAGCCUCUGCAAGGCCAGCCCUAGGAGUCUGUCCAUCUUCCCACCGGCUGCUCAUUCUCCUGCUGCUGCCAUGGGGCACCUUGGGACCCUCCUCUUCCUGCUGGGGGCCCUGGGGGCUCUCGCUGACAUCUGCAACAUACCAGAGGUGGACGGCACGUUGGUGCAGAGGCUGGGCCAGCGCAUCUUGCCCUGGAUGGACCAGCUCUCCCUGGAGCACCUGAACCCCAGUAUCUACGUAGGCCUGCGCCUCUCCAGCCUAGAAGCCGGGGCCAACGAGGCUCUCUAUCUGCACAGCCUCAAGCUCAAUUACCAGCAGAGCCUCCUGGGGUCUGCCUCCACUGAUGACGACAGCGACUACCAGGCCAAGCCCUCCAUGGGCCAGCUGGCCCUCUACCUGCUCGCUCUCAGGGCCAACUGUGAGUUUGUUGGUGGCCGCAAGGGGGACAGGCUGGUCUCACAGUUGAAGAGGUUCCUGGAGGAUGAGAAGAGGGCCAUUGGGGACAAUCACAAGGGUCACCCCCACACCAGCUACUACCAGUAUGGCCUGAGCAUCCUGGCUCUGUGUGUCCACCAGAAGCGGGUCCAUGACAGCGUAGUAGGCAAGCUCCUGUAUGCCGUGGAACACGACGACCACCUCCACCGGGGCCACCUCUCUGUGGACACGAUGGCCAUGGCAGGCUUGGCCUUCACCUGCCUGAAGCGCUCCAACCUCAACCCCGAUCAGAGAAACCGGAUCACCCUGGCCAUCACGACAGCGCAAGAGAAAAUCCUGAGGGCCCAGACCCCAGAGGGCCAUUUUGGGAAUGUAUACAGCACCCCUCUUGCGCUACAGUUUUUGAUGACCUCCCACAUGCCUGGGGAGGAGCUGAGCACAUCAUGCCUCAAAGCAACGACUGCUCUGUUGGCCAGCCUGCAGGAUGAGGCCUUCCAGAAUGUUCUCAUGAUUUCCCAGCUGCUGCCUGUCCUGAACCGCAGGAGCUAUGUGGAUCUCAUCUCCCCAGACUGCCUGGCACCAAGAGUCAUGUUGGAACCAGCUGUGGAGACCACUUCGCCUAGCCAAGUCCCAGGAGUCAUCCAUGUCAUGCUGAAAGUCCCCAGUGUCUGGCCACCAUACAGACACUCCGUCUCUGUCCCUGCCGGGUCCUCGUUGGAAGAUGUCCUGCAGAAGGCCCAGGAGCUCGGAGGAUUCAUGUAUGGAACACAGGCCACCUUGUCUGGUCCUUACCUGACCUCUGUGAUGGGGAAAGAAGUUGGGGAACGUGAGUUCUGGCAGCUCAUCCAAGCCCCUGACACCCCGCUGCAGCAAGGUAUUGCUGACUACAGACCCAAGGACAGAGAAACCAUCGAGCUGAGGCUGGUUAGCUGGUAGCCCCCUGGCUCAUCCACCCCAGCAGCUUUGCACAAUCCCUGUACUUCCACCCUUCCUCCAGACACCCUUGUAACAGGCACACACCUGACCUUGCUGCCACCUCAUGUGCACUUGGAGCAAUGUCCCCAGAUCACUCCAGCCACCACCCCUGCAAGGCUCCUAAGCCACCAUCCACCCAGGAGCAGGGAGCCAAGCACCUUUCCCAGGAAGUCUGUCUGCCUCCAUCUGGCCCAGUCUGGCCCCACAGGCAUCCUGUGAAGACCACUCAGUCUGAAGGGCAUGAAGCUUCUCAGACCCCUCAGCACAAGAAGUCCACUGGCUGCUGGCAUUGUGAGUACUGCCUGCUCUGGGAUUGGGGUCCUGCAAAGAGACCUCUGCAGCCCAGGGGCUGGGGCCCUGAGCCCAGCUCUCCAGCCCUCUCUCAGAGCGGCAGCCCCAGCUAGCUGUGACAUAGCAACAGGUGAGAGCUUCGCGGCUCUGCAGGGCUGCUCAAAGCCUACCUCCAAAAUGAUUAAAGUGUUGAUUGUGCUCAUA